UGGAGAUGCCUUACAAUCCAAAAGCCAAGACAGCGUCUCCGUCUCGUACAAAAUUUGACCCUGCGGUGAAGCUUGAAGUCUCUCUGGUCAGUCAGAAACCGAAACAAAAUUCCUAAAGAUUAUGGGCGUCGAGAAGAGAGAGAGAGAUUCGACGGACGAGGAGCGCGGGAACAGUAGCAGCAGCACCCGGAACUUGGACACAGGGAGGGCGGAGGCUCCGGUGUGGCUGAUGAAGUGCCCGGUGGUCGUCGCCAAGUCGUGGAGCUCCCACAACCCCUCCGAUCGCCACCCGAUCGCCAAAGUCGUCCUCUCCUUCGAUCCCCUACGCGCCGACGACCCCACUGCCAUGGAGUUCAAGAUGGAGAUGCCUGACUCUGCUGCUGCCAAUUUGCCGAAAAGUUAUUCAUUGAAUAUGUUUAAAGACUUUGUUCCCAUGUGCGUUUUCUCCGAAACAAAUCAAGGCAAAGUUUCUGUGGAAGGUAAAGUGGAUCACAAGUUUGAUAUGAAGCCCCACGGUACUAACAUCGAGGAGUAUGGGAAGCUGUGUCGUGAAAGGACAAACAAGUCCAUGAUCAAGAAUAGACAAAUACAGAUGAUCGAUAAUGACCGAGGACUACUUAUGAGGCCCAUGCCUGGGAUGAUUGGCUUGGUUUCAUCCACUUCAAAGGAUAAGAAGAAACCUGCACCUGUUAAACAAUCAGACAUGAAAAGGACUAGAAGAGAUCGUGGGGAGCUGGAGGAUAUAGUGUUCAAGUUAUUUGAACAAAAACAACCGAACUGGACCUUGAAGCAGCUGGUGCAAGAAACCAAUCAACCUGCGCAAUUCUUGAAAGAGAUACUGAAUGAGCUGUGUGUGUACAACAAAAGGGGAACCAACCAGGGUACUUACGAGCUUAAGCCGGAAUACAAGAAAUCUGUCGAGGAUACUGAAGAAUAAGCUUUUCACUCCGCCUCAUCGAGCAUCAUCCAUUGUUCUUUCGAAAACAGGAAGUCGAAAAUGAAUUAGCUAGAAGAAUAGGCAGCUGGUUGUGUGGGGCAGCAGAAUAACAACAUCAAGGAGGACUUUAACCCCACGAAACAUGGAGGCAAUGGUCUAAUUUUCUUCCUACUUGCUUUUUCCAAGCUGAAAUGUGCAAUUUUAAUUCGAUUGAUCUGACAAGAGAGGGAAAUGCUUCGAUAAACAAAUGAACUUACGGAGCAAAGCAUGUAUAAUUCUGUAUCAGCUUGUACAACAAUACUUUCACUACAGUUUUGAAGCAAAUAGUUUUAUCUUUUGAUA